AAAGGAUAGAGGGAUAAAGACAGUAGAGAGAGAGAGGAGACAAGAGAGAGACAGUGGGUCUGUGUCCUCUGUGAAUCUGCUGCUGUGCCUUUUGUCACUGACGAUCCAAUACAGAUGAUGUCAUCAGAGCAUCAGACACAUGGUUGGCUGCGGCAGCUACUUGUAAUACUUCUGAAGCUUUGUCUCACAUUUGCUGGGCCUCUGCGACCGCUCAAUGGGACAGAAUGCACAGCUAAGGGCCCUGCUUCCUACAUCCUGGUCUUUACAGGUCACUGGAGUCCACAGGCCUUCCCCAAGCAGUAUCCACUGUUCCGGCCCCCUGCACAGUGGUCCAAACUCAUAGCGGUCAGCCAUAAUCGCCAUUUUCGACUGUGGGAGGAAGGUGCCCAGGCCAGUGCAGGGGUGCAAAUCUUUGCUGAAUUCGGGUUAACGGUGGAGCUAAUGAAGGCAGCCAAGGAGGCCAGGAAGAGACGUGCAGUUGGCACCAUGUACCGAACGGCCGGUAUCCCUAAUGGCAUUGGGCACAGCUCCACGGAGUUGCUCAUGCUGCCCCGGAGCUCACUGUUGUCCCUGAUGGUGAAGAUGAUCCCUAGCCCUGACUGGUUUGUGGGUGUGAACAGCCUAAAUCUUUGUGAGGGCAGCCAGUGGAAACAUGAAGUAACCAUUGACCUCUACCCUUAUGAUGCGGGGACAGACAGUGGAUUCACUUUCUCAUCUCCCAACUUCCACACCAGACCCCCAGAAAACAUAACAGAGAUCACGUCUCAGAUGCCAAACCACCCAGCCAACUCUUUUUACUAUCCACGCUUAGAGAAGCUUCCACCUAUUGCCAGCUUAAGAAUCACUCGACAGAGCAGAUCAGCUGAUCGCCAAGCCCCCAUGUCCAAUCAUAUUCUGCCUAACUCUAUCAGUCCCCAGCGCUUCUCAGUGACACCGCUGGACUGUGAGGUGUCUCUCUGGUCAUCUUGGGGUUUAUGUCUGGGUCCUUGCUCCAGAGGUGGUGUUCGCCACCGCACACGUUACAUCCUUUUGCGGCCGGCUAAUGCUGGCACCCCAUGCCCUGAGUUGGAGGAACAGGCUGAAUGUGUACCACACAGCUGCAUGAACCUCCAGUAACCCACAGAGCACACAAGAACAGAUGCUGCCAGUAUUCAACACUGGGACUCUCAUGUUUUUACUGCUGGACUGAGAAAUGUUGCUGUGUCUUGAUUAUCUCCUCAAUAAUGAAAAAAAAUUGAUUUUUCUUUGUCCCAGCCAAAAUUUAAAUGGCAUGUAAGAGAAAAUGAGAUUUGAUUGUAGCAGAGAUUACUGGACAGAUAUUAAGAUGUAUCAUAACACUAUAAAUGGUUAGGUAACAAUUCUAUAUAAAUGUAUGUGGAUGCAAAAUAGAAAAAAAACUAAGUAAAAGAUGCAUUACAAAUGUGUCCCCGCAAAGACCUCUAGGAGAUGCAAUAGUACUGUAUGUAUGUAUUUACAGUUUGUUUAUUAACAGCAGUAUUGUAAGUGUACGCUGACAAUGGCAUACCUGUAUCAUCAGUGCAUAACAUUCACAAACACAUGCACACAGAAAUCUCCACACAAAUAUCCUUGCACAUAAUGCAUACCUUUACAGGUGCAGAGGCCUUAGUUUACAUAGGAAACCUACACUUGAUUAGCACAAGCAGCUCUCUCAAAACAACCUCACUCCACAAUGUAUAAAUAUGACCUUUCACAUGCCAUUUAAUAGCUGACUUUAAGGUGGUCUGUUUUAUAACAAUAUGCAGGUUGUUGUAGAAAGAAAGAUACAGUUUUGUAUUAUUUUCUCUUUUGAUAUUUUAAUUCUGAGAUUUUGUAUAUACUCUAUGAUGUAUGAAUAAAUGAAAAAAUGUGGAGGUGUUUCCUUGUUCCCCUGUAUGGCUUUUGAAUUGGCAAGUGUUAUUAUGUAAAUGGAACAUCUAAAUUUAAAACUAUAAAACCAAAGAACAUUCUGCUGUUGUGCAGUAACAAUGUGAUAAAGUCAACUUAUUUGUGUAUGCCAGAUCAUACUGACACUUCUUUAUUUGUGUCCAACCAACACAGUCUAAAUGCAAAAAUACACAUCUAUUUAUAUCAGAGUAUAAAAAGACUAUGAUGCCUUAUAGUCACUGAAAUAGAAGCCACAUUUCUACACAUUUACAGAUGAAAAUUAUAUAUAUUUGAUCUCUGCCCUAAAACCUGAUAAUUCGGUGCCUUGUGGACCUGGGUUACUUUCUUUAUGGUAUUUUGAGGGUUAAUGAAUAUAAAUACCAACGUUUUUGCUAACAGGAACUGUAACUGUCAGUAUUCACAUUGGCAACAAUAAAUAAAAUAAAAAUCCCUAUAAAUACUUAACCCCUGGUCACAGCAGUAAAAGGCUUGUGGCAAUGUAGCGCCACCAAGUGGUCACAGUCAACAUCAUACUACUAUUAUCACUGUUGCUGCAACUA